GGGAAGCCAUGAGCCAACACAAUUAUCUACGACUGACGAUAGACUUAGAAAUCAAUAAUUAAGUCUCCCCGCCCCUUCCCUUCCACUGCAUCUUCCUGUCUCGAUUGGCCUUGUAGAUGUAUCAAUUCCUUGAAGCUAGAGGAUGAGUGUGUUCUUGCCCAAGAAGAGACCGACGAUCCAACAACCUAGAGCGAUGAGGCAGUCAGCAAGGACUCCAACACGCAGCUCCUCAGACCAUCUGCUGUGGCUCGAAGGGCAGGCAAAAACAUUACAUGAUUACCAGCAGCUUUUGAUAUCAGCGAUUGGCGUUAACUGUAUGAUUUCACAAGCAGAUCCGAAGUUGACAAAUCGCUCUUCUGAAGCUGCAGCGAGUACAAUUUCUAUGUGCCUUGCCAAUUUCAGCAUCCUUUUGUUUGUCACUAACAUGUACCUACGGAUGCUGCGUUCUACCAUGAGCAAGUUCGUUGGUUUGGAGAUCUACUUCACCGCUGCUGCCCUACUGAUGGCAGAUUAUGCACUCCUACUUCUGAUCAACGGAAGGUACAUCGGGGUAUUCAUCAUUCCAGCCAUCCUGCUUGGUUUUAUCGCAGUGCUCUGCGCCAAAUCAUUGGAGAGGUUUAGCCGUCCUUGCUUUCAGCAGCAGAACAGAAGAAGCAGCAGAGUUUCCCUGCUACUGCUAAAUGCUGACAGCACCGAGAAGCUUCUGAAGUUGGCAACGCUGCCGUGUUGGUUGCAGUUGUUGUCGUGCAGAACGCUGCAUCCAGACAACGGGCACUGGCAGCAAGACCGCGCUAUUGUCUUCUCACCGUUCCUCCUGUUCUUCAGUUCCGCGGUCGGCGCCCUCUCACUGAUGGUUGCCGCAUGGCCUGCUGCUGGAGUCAGCCCCGGUUCAGCUCAGGUUCUUCCAGUCCUGCAAAAGACCUGCGUUGUUCUGCUACUGGUAACAGCUCACACCAUGGGUGCAGAGUGGCUGGGGGAAGAUGUCGUCGUAGCCUGCAUCCCGGGUCUCACUGCAGUGCUCGCCUGGUUCACUGCACAUUUCGACCAUGACAGGCCUGCAACUGCAGUUAGCACCGACAAUUUCUUCCUGUCUUUCAGAUCAGAAGCCGUCGCCAUUCUCAGCACAGCUGUCGGGCUUCUUGGAUACCUGAUAGUCUCACGCUCGUAUGGGAGAGAUCAUGUAGACUCUUGGCGAAAGCGCUGCUUGUGUAUGGCUAGCUCCUCCUCCGUUCUUGCGUACGCCAACUUGUGGAUGCUUCAGCAAUGGCCCGAAAGAACACUCCACUUGGAGGAGUUGCUGAAGAUAUUCAGAAUUUACUUCAGUGCAACACUUGUGCUGGCUCUGAUGUUGAUCGGUGGAUGGGUUCGUAAUCUAAUUGCCACCUUCAUUGCCAUUGCUUCAGUGUUGGUGGGAUUCGCGCUUUCCGUAAACAUGAAUCGUAAGCCGGAGCCUCGUGACAAUGUUGGUAGGACUAGGAGAAACCCUGACAGAUUUGUACCCAAGGAUCAAAGUUCACCUCCGGAAAGUUUUUCAAACGAAGCUCGGCCGUCCACGGGGUUUUUUGCGCCUGCCUUUCAAUCUCUUGGAGACUAUAUUGACAGUAUAUUCGGCAUUACAAAUUAAGUCAAAUGGUUGUCGUCCUGUACGUUGCUUGAGCUAUUAUUACGUAAAUAUUUGAAUUGAAUAUUAAUCAUACAGAUGGCUGAAGACAUCGGUUAUUAUUUUAUUUUUCUAGAAGCCUUGAUAGCAAUCUAGAUUUGUUUAGUAUCUUCCCUGACAUUGCUAGGUAUAAUCUUCUAAGAUUAUUCCUAGUAUGUUGGGCUAGAUAUUUUAUAGAUCAUGAUAGAUCUUCAGUCGUUCAUAGCCGAUGAUCUUUGUCAACCUGCAUAGUCAUUAUAUUUAUAUCA